AGGUCACGUCUCGUUUCCUGUUUGGGGUCGGCGGUCGGCGAUUUCUUCUAUUCUCUAUGGCCGGUGCCCGGGCGCUGGGCGAAAGUGGCGUGGGUGGUGUAGCCGCCAUGGACUAUUCAGUACACGAGGCUUGGAACGAAGCCACCAACAUUUACUUACUGGCGGUGCUGGCCAGCUUGGCCCUGUUGGUGUACGCCCGCAGAAAUAAGAGGAAGAUUAUGAGGAUUUUUACAUUACCUCCAACUGUAGAAAUAUCUGAACCAAAUUUUUAUGACAGCAUGAAAAAAGUCCGUCUUCGGCAGCAAUUAGAGAUGUAUUCUAUUGCAAGGAAAUAUGACCACCAGCAGCAACCACAGAAACAGACUGAUAGUGUACAGCUUUUGGUGGAAUGAAGUUUUGAAUAUUUGCUGAGGAUGCCAGAGCAUUGAUGAUAAUCAUUUGCAGUGCAACUUUAAUGGUAUAUAAUAUUUUUUAAAAUGUGCACUAAUUGCAUAAACUAUGUUUUGACUAUAGACUCUGAAUUUGUGUGUUACUCUAAUAAUGGUUCUCUAACAUCUGAAAAAUACAGUAAUCUAUUCCAGUCUUAUUUCUUAAUUUGUAUUCAUUCCCAAUAAAAAUAUGAGUACGGAGAUGAUCACUGCGGUUCCUGCAGUUGUUUCAAGUCUUCAUUUAAAGAGGGAUAGAGGCACAUACUAUUUGAUGUGGCAUAAUGCUGCAAGUAAUUCAACUACUUCUAUAAAUGAACAGUUUCACGUAGUGGGACUUUUAAUAAACACUGCACUCAGUGAGGCAGAUAUAUUGAAUUGUAAUGUGCAACUGAAUAUGCAUAAAAAGAUGAAAAGUUUAGGAAAAGUAUUUCUGUAUACAGCAAUUAGAACAGAAAUUAGAGUAAAGAACAAACAGUUCAUUCUAUCAGUAUGAUGAAAAAGAAUAUUUUUGCACUUAUCCUUUUAAUUGUUUCCCUUUUAUUCUCUCUAUUGAAUUCUGAAAUUAUAAUUUAAGAAAUCUUCAUCUGAUAAAUGACUAUACACGGUAGUAGUAGUUGUAGUAUUUUAUGAGUGGAGUGCAACUUAACAUUUUAGACCUACAGCUGGAAUGCUAAAAGAGGAUUAUAUAAGUUGGAAUUCAGAUAACAGCACUAUUUUUGUCAGUGAAGACUAGACUUAUAAAGAUAAAUAUUAAUUAUUUGUUGAUUUAUCAAACACAUCAAGCAAAAUUAACAGUGGAAAUAGAAAAUCAUUAAAUGCUUAAAUAUUUGCAGUAUAUUUUAUUUGGGCAUGUCUGAAAAUUUGAAGGUUUUAGUUGAUUGUAUUUUAAUUUACAUCUUAAACAUGGACAGUAUUUUUUUCAAUAAUAGACAAUAAUUUUGGUUAUUAAAUGGCCAGUUCUCUCUCUCCUAAUGUCUUUGUAAGUUUAACUUCUGAAUAUAGCAACAGUUGCUAAAUUUUGCAACCACUAAUUCCAAUUCUGAGAUUCUUUGGGUGCAGCACUAAAAUAAUUGUUACACCAAAAGGCGAUUGACCAAUUAGAUUGCAGAAAGGUUAGAGUAAUAUAUUUUUUCAUACUGUUUUGAUUAGUACCAUGUAAUUAUUCUUAUGAGGAUUUCUUUCUGUAUUCUUUGUAGUACAGUCCAGAUGAUUUAAAUCUGAAUAUAAGCUUUAAACUUAUACUAGUGUAAUCAUAAAAGAUGCCUGUCAUACUAUUAAGAAAUGAUGCUCACAUUUGAAGUUGCAAGAAUUGUCCCCCAUUUGCACCGAUGGUAUUAACUUUAUGAGCCAUCUGAACAAUGUAGUAGAAAUAGAAGACAACUGAAAUAAAUACAUUUCUCAUAGUUGACCUGAUCUGUACACCUUGCUAAGUUAUGGUGUUUGUUUUUCUAGUUGUCUUUGAAUUAUGUCAAAAUACAUCCUGUAUUUUACUAAAGUACAUCCUUUUUAUGUUCUGUAUGUGAUAUAUUUGAAAAUAACACUACUUUCCUUGUACCAUUAAAUCCGUUAAAUAC